AUGUCUUCGAUAAAAAAUGAAAGCGCACCUCCUUCUCGUUCAAAUUCCAUUCCACCAUACGUAUCUGACUCGGAACCCGAAUCGGGUUCACUUUCUCCGCAGCGAGAAAAUGGAAAUCGACAUGAUGACCGCGAGUUUAUGAAUGGAUAUACUCAUUUUUAUUAUCGAGAUGGAGGUGGAAAUGGAGGUUCUUAUUAUGGCCAUCGUCGGGUUGAACGACCGGGUGGAUACGAAUAUGAGAAUGAUGAUGGUAUGAAUAGAUUUGGUGAUGAGUAUAUUAGAAGAGAGGAUGAUGGCGAGGAGAGAGAUGACAACGAGCAAGACGAAAACGAGAACGAAGAUUACGAGCAAGAAAUCAAAAACGAAGAUUCAUCAGAACCAGAACUUGAACUCUCAAUCGAAAUCGACGAUAUGCAAAUGAACGUUCCACUUACCCAACAAAUCCUACUUUCAGACAUGGAAGGUUCAGAAGACGAACUCAACUCGGAUAGAAACUCCUCAACCGCGUCUGAGGAUUGGCGUAACAUGAACUUCAACCGAGACGAUGAAAUUGCUACUCCCGCUCUUCCCACCCAAGAAGAAAUCAUGGCUACUGAGGUGGAACUUCAAAAGCAAAUAUAUAAAGCCCUUCAGGAGGAGAAAAUUCGUCAAGAUAUAGCUGCUGCCAAUCAUAAACCUACUCCUGAUCCCAGUCCCACCAUUCGAUUUCUCGCCGUCGGAGCAGAUAUGUGCGAGGAAUUCAUGGAAAUUCUAUGUCCGGAUGUAAAAUUAAUUGGAAUAGGUAGAUUAGAUGGAUGGAUGUUUUGUGUUGAUGAGAAGGUUGAGGGAGUGUGUUGUUAUCGAAAUAUCGUACCGAAUGCGAACUUGGAGAAAGAGGAAGUAGAAGCAGAAUAUAUUACUGUUGAUAAAGUCGUCUAUGGAUUGAUUUGGGAGGUUCAUGAGAACACACUUUAUACGCUUCUUGAGAUGGAUAAGAAGGGAUGCGAACCUCAAUUCGAAAUGGCGCGUGUGGAUGUUAUGAAAUUGGAAUGCAAAAGUUUUGGACGAGCGUUUGGAAUGGGGUGGGGAUUGAAGAGGGAGUUGAAGGAGGUAGGGAUGGAGAAGGAUGUGGUGGUUUUUACGGGAACACCGGGGGGUAUAGGAUUAGGGGAGGGGUAUAAUGAGGGGGUUAAUAGGGGAAUUGUGGAGGGCUGUAUGAGAGGAAUUCCGGAUGAGUGGGUGGAGAGUGAUGUGAGAACUUGGGUACAGUAUCCUUAUGUUCCGGUACCGAUGAAGUAG